AUGUUCUCCAGGCUGGCUUCCACCGCGGCUGUGGUGCUCGCCGCAUCCACCCUCACCAGCGCUCAGACUUUCAGUGCUUGUAACCCUACUAAGAAGUCCGGCUGUCCCGCCGACCCUGCUAUCGGCUCGAAGCAGACCAUUGACUUCACCAAGGGUGAGAAUGACUUCUUCACCGCUGCCACUGGCACUGCUGUGAACUACGACCCAUCUCUCGGUGCUGUCUUCUCGAUCAACAAGGAGACCGAGGCGCCUACCUUCACCUCCACCGGCUACAUCUUCUUCGGCCGUGUUGAUGUCGUCGCGCGGGCCUCUGUCGGCACUGGCAUCGUCACCUCCUUCGUCCUGCAGUCAGACGAUCUCGAUGAGAUCGACUGGGAGUGGCUCGGAGGUGACACGACCCAGGUCCAGACCAACUACUUCAGCAAGGGUGACACGACCACCUACGACCGUGGCGGCUUCUCUGGAGUCGGCAACCCCCAGGCCGAGUUCCACACCUACACCAUCGACUGGACUGCCGAGAAGCUGGACUGGAUCAUCGAUGGCACCGUCGUCAGGACCCUGAAGUACGCCGACGCCAAGGGAGGUGCCGGCUACCCUCAGACACCUAUGCAGAUCAAGCUCGGGACCUGGGUCGCCGGCCGCAAGGACGCCCCCGAGGGUACUGUGCAGUGGGCCGGUGGCUACACCGACUUCGCUCAGGCUCCCUUCAACGGUUACUACAAGAGUGUCACUGUUCAGGACUACAUGAACGGCGCCAAGAGCGCUGGUUCGUACGUCUACGGUGACCAGACCGGCACCUACCAGUCCAUCAAGAUCGAGCAGGGCGAUGGCAAGACCGACGGUGCUCAGAGCUCCUCCGUCAAGCCAUCCGCCACCGACAGCUCCAAGAGCGCUGCCUCGACCCUCCAGACCGUCACCAGCUCCUCUGACUUCACCGCCUCCGUGACCCAGGGUAUUACACUGGCCACCGGCGAGCCCAGCAGCGACAACAGCACGUCGGCAUCCGGCACCGCCAACGGCUCCACCCCCACUGGCUCCGGCUCCGGCUCCGGCUCGUCUUCCUCCUCCGGAAGCACCCCCAGCUCAAGCGUCGUCACCGCUGGCGCCAGCACCAAGUCCGGAAUCAACUUCGCUUUCCUGGGUGCCGCCAUGUUUGCUCUGCUCUCCCUGUAG